AUGGGCUUCUUUAUUGAGUACACUCUCCGGGUACUCAAGGGAGUCAGACCCACUGACCUCGACAAAGACUACGCCUCACCUCUGGAGAAAGACGUGCCAUUCGCCGACUCAACCGCUUGGACACCCGACGCCGAAACCAUGGCCAGAGUACACAAAGAUUUCCUUGUCAAAGACAUCCUCAUCGGCCAGAUUCUCGGAGACGUACCACGACAAGACCGACCCGCUCCCAUCUUCUCCAGGAACGAGCUCAUGGAAUUCGGCUUCAAAGCCAAGCUUGUCAAAACCUUCGUCGAAGGCGGAGACAGACCCGAAACCACAGGCAAGAACACUGUGCAACAACAAGCCGACUAA